ACGACCUUGCUCGUCCUCCAGAUAGUGUUUCACUAAUAUUUGUUUCAUUAAUAGCUGUUGAUUAGCUGAAAAUUCCAUAUUAACAUUCCAUUCAAGUAGUCCUAAAAGUGCAUCCGUGACGGGGGGCUAAGAGAACUCUCCAAGCCCAGGCUUGUGGCAGGCGCUUUUAUUUUAUUUUUUGUUUGCCUUUUUUUUGUUGUUGGCCAUCUCCCGCCUGCGACGGCCAGGCUUUUGGGCGUGAGAGAGAAAAUCUUAACAAACACAAAGAAAGGCUAACCAUACUGCAAGAAAAUGGCAUCAGCUACUGGAUCUGAUCACACUCCAUCGUCCAGCCCCAACCCUGGUAGUUCCUGUGAUGAUUCGUCGCGGACCAAUUUGAUCAUCAACUACCUGCCUCAGAAUCUGACGGAGAGCGAACUCUUUAAGAUGUUUGUCACUAUUGGAACGGUGACAAACUGCAAAAUCAUGAGAGAUUUUCGGACUGGAUACAGCUACGGAUUCGGUUUCGUCAACUAUCAAAAAGCUGAUGAUGCUAUCCGGGCUAUUCAAACUUUGAAUGGGCUUCAAAUUCAAAAUAAACGUAUCAAAGUAUCGUAUGCCCGACCACCUGGCGAAGACCGAAAGGAAACCAACCUAUAUGUUACUAAUCUCCCUAGAGAUGUUACAGAAGAUGAAUUGACAAAUAUAUUUUCUGCCCAUGGAAAUAUAGUGCAAAUGAAUUUACUCAAAGACAAAAUAACUGGUAUGCCCAGGGGUGUGGCAUUUGUCAGGUUUGAUAAGAGAGAAGAAGCCAUGGCUGCCAUUGAGCAUCUGAAUGGUACAAUCCCACAUGGACGUACUAACCCCAUUAGUGUAAAAAUUGCUGAAGAGCACGGCAAACAGAAGGCAGCUUAUUUUGCUGGAUGGGAAGCUGGAAGACAGCAAGCGCGACCAGUUGGUAAUGUUGGAGGACAACCCCAAGGUGGGAUGGUUAACCAUGGUGGACAUGGGGGUGGUCAUGGUGGCCGAAGCGGAGGAGGUGGACACUACAACGCCGGUCUGCCGUUAGCAUCGCGGCCGCCGAAUGCUCCUGGUUUCGUCCACUCGUCAGGCAUGGGACAAGUUCGACCGGAUAAAGGAUCUAAUAGCAGCCGUUACAAUCCCAUCGGAAUGGGUGGCGGUUACAACGUUUACAAUUGGAACUAAGCAAUGAGAGGGCACGAUAAGAUGACGGAAGAUUUAAAAAAGAACUGAAACUAAAUUGAACUACCGACUGCAGACGAAUGAAAAAACAUUGUUGCAACGCCAUCAGUUGGAGGAACAUGAUGUUUUUCCCAAUUCUGCUUGUUAUCAAUCUUAACUGACCUAAUUACUCCCCUUCCUUCCUCCACUUCUCCAUCAUGCACCUCUUUUUCUCAUAUUUUUUCUUCGGUCGUCAUUUGGCUAAAAUGGUUGGAUUUUCGCUCGUUAGGGUUUAUGUCUGACUCGAGUUUUUCGUACACUUCUGUGUUCCCCAUCAUGAUUUCUUUUCUUUUUCUGCAUCAUUUAUAAUCUGAACCCUUCUUGCCUGCAAGAUUUCCUGAACGCGUGUAUUUCCCUCUCGAUUCACUUCAUUCUUCUUCUCACGGUCAAUCUUGGCCGUUUUCAUUGCUUUCUAGUGGCUCCAGAAGAUCGUUUAUCAUAUUUUGACUCCCACAAGGUCCAGUUUAGUUUCAUGUUAUCUGGUUGGUGAUUUUGUUUUUUUUUCUCUCUUGCUCUCUUACUCCCUUUUGUCUACGUCUGUCUCCAUGGCCCGCCCUUACACUGUAUCCUUCUCUCCCCCCCCCCCUUCCAUAUCCCAAUCGUUUGUGACUGCAAUCAUUUGCCAAAGCGUUGAUUACACUUCACCAGUUACAACGA